CUCUCUCUCUUUUCCUCGCGCUACCAUUGACAGUCUCUCAACCUUCCAAGAUUCCUUCGCGCGACCAUCCAGCUGAGUAGAUCCCCCGCGCUCGCGAGGUGAGCCAGGAUUUGAGGAGAGGAGAACACGCGAAGACAUUUCACACUCAGCUCGAUAAAACAUGCACUUCCUCGGCGUCCCGUUUGUGCUGCUUUGGCUUCUCUCCGGCUCCUCCUGCGCUCUCGGUGGGAAAGUCAACAAGCACAAGCCUUGGAUAGAGACCUCCUACCAUGGAGUGAUUACAGAGAACAUGGACACAGUGCUGCUGGAUCCUCCACUGGUCGCGCUGGACAAGGACGCUCCGGUUCCUUAUGCUGGGGAGAUUUGCUCCUUCAAGAUCUUUGGUCAGGAUGCCCCUUUUGAGGCAGUGGUGUUGAAUCGCACAUCAGGAGAAGGAGUCCUGCGAGCCAGCAGUCAUGUGGACUGUGAGAUCCAGAAGGAAUACACCUUCAUCAUCCAGGCUUACGACUGCGGCGACGGCCCUGGUGGAGCUAACUGGAAAAAAUCUCACAAGGCUGUGAUUCACAUUCAGGUGGAUGAUGUCAACGAGUUCAGCCCUGUGUUUAGAGAGUCUCUGUACAAGGCAUCAGUGACUGAAGGCAAGAUCUAUGACAGCAUCCUGCAGGUGGAGGCUUGGGACCAGGACUGCUCACCGCAGUACAGUCAGAUCUGUAACUAUGAAAUUGUGACUGGAGGAACCCCAUUUGCCAUCGACCGCAAUGGUAACAUCAGAAACACAGAGCGACUAAGUUAUGAAAAGCAGCAGAGCUACAGGAUUAUGGUGUCUGCCUUUGACUGCGGUCAGAAAAAAGCAAAAGAGGAUGUGGCAGUUCACAUUGAAGUCAAGCCUGUCUGCAAACCUGGAUGGCAAGGCUGGAACAAGCGAGUGGACUACGAGCCGGGGACCGGAAGCAAGCAGCUCUUUCCCAAGAUGCACCUGGAAACAUGCGGCGGUCCGCUGUCAGGUGUGAAGGCCAUGGUGGAGCUGCAGACAAAUCACAUCGGAAAGGGCUGCGACCGUGAAACCUACUCUGAAAAGUCUCUGCAGAAACUUUGUGGGGCAGCCUCAGGCAGCACCGACCUCCUUCCUGCCCCCGGCCCCUCCACAAACUGGACCGCACCUUUCCUCACCGACAGCGGACGCGAGAGCGACCUCAUCUACAGGUUUGACGGGCGCCAGGCUGCGAAUGUUCCGUUUCACGUGGUGCCCCAGAACCUGACAGACCAGUUCACCAUAGCAACGUGGAUGAAACACGGGCCGAGUCCGGGACUCAGAGCUGAGAAGGAAACCAUACUGUGCAACUCUGACAAGACAGAGAUGAACCGCCACCACUACUCUCUGUAUGUUCACAACUGCCGCCUGGUGUUCCUGCUCAGGAGAGAUUUCACGCAGAUUGACACUUUCCGACCCGCCGAGUUCCACUGGAAGCUGGAGCAGAUCUGUGAUAAGGAGUGGCACUACUACGUGAUCAACGUGGAGUUUCCUGCAGUGACGCUCUUCGUCGAUGGCGUGACCUACGAGCCGUACCUGGUGACGGACGAUUGGCCGAUUCAUUCCUCAAAGAUUGACACCCAGCUGACUGUGGGUGCCUGCUGGCAAGGUGGCGAGGUGGCAACGCCGAGGUUCACUCAGUAUUUCCACGGCAGCCUCUCAGGUCUGACGAUCCGACCAGGCCGCAUUGAAACCCAGAAGGUUAUCUCCUGCUUGCAGGCCUGCAAGGAAGGCCUUGACAUUAACUCCCUCGAAAGCCUUGCUAAGGACAUAAAGUUUCACUUCAACCCGGCCCAGUCAGUGCUGGUGGUGGAAGGAGGGGAUGUGGACGGCAUCAACAUAGCCAUGACCAAAGUCUCUUACAUCAACUCUCGGCAGUUCCCCACACCAGGCCUCAGACGGCUGCACAUCUCCACCUCUGUGCAGUGUUUUGGAGAGGACACAUGUGUCUCCAUCCCAGACAUCAAGGCGGUGGUCAUGGUGCUGCCCCCCAGUGAACCCAGAAUCACCAUUUCAGGAUCCAAGCAGCUUGUCAGACCCGCCAGCGACCUCCGCAGCCCGCUGGGCGUGGCGCCCUUCAAAGAGCUUCGGAUCAUCAGCACGGUGAUGAAGGGCGACAGCUUUGGUGGAUUCCGCCGGCCAGGGGUGAUGGAGGUGAUGCAUAACCUGGACUACUGUGAUGUGCUUGUAAUCGGAGACGAACUGGAACCAGAGAGCGAGAGCCUGGAGAUUCAGCACAGUGCUUUACUGGGAAAACACCUCGACGCCACCAACUCCACCUCUGGAAUAUCAAUAUAUGGUGUGGACUCCAUGGCCCACUAUGAGCAGGUCCUGAGACAGCUACGCUACAGGAACUGGAGACCCGCCUCUCUGACGGAGAGAAGGUUCAGACUCACCUGCUCCGAACUCAACGGGCGUUACACCAGCAACGAGUUCAACCUGGAGGUCAGCGUUCUUCACCACACUGCACCCAUGGAGCACGUUAAUCACAUGGCCGCCCAGUCCCAGUACAUGAGACCGGUCCAUCACCCGCUGAUGAUCCACACUCUGAACUCACACAUGUCAGGUCCAGCGCCCCCUGUGGCCACAGUUGUCAUUGUGGUGUGCAUCGCCGCCCUGGUGAUCAUUGUGGUGAUCGGCAUCUACAGGAUCCACGCCACACAUCAGGAGGGCUCCAGAGACGAAGAGGAUGAAAUCAAAGAUCCAGAGUCGGACUGGGAAGGCUCUGGACUCAACAUCACUGUCAACCCCAUGGAGGACAUGAGAGGACCCCAGGCACUGGGAGAAGCUGCGAGAGGAGAAGAAUGUGAGGAGGAGGAGGAGGAUGAAGAAGACGACGCUGAGCUGGUGGGAGGCAUGACGAUCGUCGAAUCAGACAGCAGUGAUGAAGACGAAGAGGAGGGGAACAAAGGAAGAGAAGAGGUUAACGGGAGGAAGCAGAAGGGGAAACUUGAGUGGGACAGUUCAUGUGGAACAUACUAAGCACACACACAGGAAUCCGUCUACACAAACACAGUGGCUUUAUCUCUCUCCACUGCACACACACACACACGCACACACCCACUAUGCAGGCAUUAACACGUGCUUGUCACAGCUAUAAGCACACACACACACACCCGCACACACAAAAAUUGUCUGAUAAAAUCAAUUACAAUCUUUUGCUGGAAAAAUACACAAAUUCUCCCAUGUUGUCGUUUUUGAAGUAAUAUCGCCCUCUUCUGGACAAAGUCAAACAUUAGCUGCAGUGCCACAGUGCUGGAAAUCAUCCGACUGUCAUUAUUCCCGCCUCUGGCAGUGAGGCAGAGCAUCCAUAAAGACACAAAAUAAGCACGUGUCAUUUCACCAUGUGUGUGUGUGUGUGUGUGUGUGUGUAUGCGGGGGUGUGUGUGCGUGUGCAGACAGGUCUGAAGUUUUUCUUCAUAACACAUUAAACUCAUUUCUUGUCCCAGAAUUUAGUACAGUGUGUUACAAAACGUAUUCAUACUCUAAACUUUUCCAGUUAUCUCAACACGUUGCAACCAAACUUCAGUGUUUUUAGCUGGGAUUAUACGUGAUAGACUGACACAGAGUGACACUUCAAGCCAUCUGCAGCCUCUAAUGUUUUCUAUCAACUUCUAUCCAUCUUCCAAAGACCAGCUUAUCGGUCUUUGACAAAUUAGAGCAUCCCGACAGCAUGAUGCCGCUGUGUUCCCCCUAUAGGGAUGAUGUGUAAUAUGAUAGUUUUCCUUGGCAAAAUGUUGGGUUUGCAUUUAAUCCAAAAAGUUCAACGUUGGUCUCGUGUGAGCAGAGCGUCCAGGUCACAUGUUUACUGUGGCAUCUAGUUGGCUUGUGACAAAGUGAAAACUUGGAUUUUUUAAAUCUAUUUCUUUUAACAAUGGCUUCCACACACGCAAUUUUGAUACUUGGCAGAAAUGGCAAAACUUGUGAUUAAUUAUGGAUUACAAUAAACAAAGUGGAAAAAGUAAACAAAUGACAUAUUCUCAAUAAGUUUGCAGUUUUGCGUAUGCAUAUCGCAAAUUUAAAUGUGGAGAUGAUGGAUUGAACAGCACUUCUUGAAAUGGCAGAGUUGCAGUGGAUUUCAUUUAUCUCCACAUUGUGAUACUUUUCUUUCCCCCUUUCACAUUUGUGAACUCGUUUGUCCUGGUUCAUCACAUAGAAUCCCUUCUUUGUUAAAGGACAAAAAAAGUUUACAGGCUAUGAAUACUUAAGCAAAGCGCUGUACACAUGUCCUAACAUUCCUUUUUGUGUUCAUGUCUUAACCGCGUUGUCUGCAAUGUUUGAAUACGUGUCCAUAGGUUAAUAUAUGCAUAAAACUUUUAAAUAUAGAUUAUUGAAUCUAAAUAUUCUGUGUGGUGUAGCAAUGUUGUUGCUCAGUGUUGGUCAUCCCUGUCUGCAGCCUCACGCCUCCUCCUUCUGCAUGAGCAGUGCUGUGGCUCUGUGGCCUGCGCGUCGUCAAGAAUAUGGGAUCUCUCACUACAAAACAUUCCUCAUUUCUUGUAUGUUGCAUACAACGACCGUGCAACCACAGAUUAUACGUAGCAGCCAUCCCUCCUUUAGUUCAGCUAGGCUUUUAAAGCUAACUUAAUCAUGUUGUGUUUAUCCCAAGAACCUUUCUGUCUUGAAUCGGACGUCCGUAAUCGCAUAGAGGUGCUUUAAUUCAAAUCUGGAGGCCAACUCUGGUCUCAAAACAAAAAUGUAAAGAGAGGCAGAUUUUAAAAAUUGUGAUUUCCUGGUUUGGUUAAAGCAAUAUGUAUGUGAGUCUACAACUUACACAGGACUUUCAUGAUCAUAGGCAUCACCAUAAUUACCACCCAGCAUCACCCUGCAGCAAGGUUGAACUCUGAGAGAUAGCGACAGAAGAGAUUUUUAUUUUUUUAAGUUUAAAUGUAAUGUGUAAACAUAAGUCAGUCUGACUGAGAGGUUCCCUCUCCACCUCCUCAUAACCAUUUCAUCCUACCGUGCUAAUCAGAGGUUUACAUUCACUCAGCAUGAGCAUAUCACUUUUGGACUUCAUUUACACCUAUUAACACACACACACACGCACGCACGCCUGCACACGGCGUUUUAUUAAUUUUAAACACAAAGCUGGGUGCACUAAUUAGAUUUUCUUUUGAACUUUCUCUAAUACACACAACGGCAAAAUAGAUAUUAGGUCAAAUAUGUGCAUACAGCCUAAAUAUUAGAAUAAAUGUCUUGCAGCACAAAUAAGUCAACCAAACGAAUGAUACACUCAUGCCGAUAAUGAGUGGAUGUAAAAAUAUGACCAGAACUAUAAACAUUCGAGUGUUGGUGUUUUCCACCCACCCAUUGAGACAAAAGCAGUUUAUAUCCUGUUGCAUUUCUAUAGAU